AAGCCUCGGACAACAUUUUCUCUAAGGAAAAAGUUGUUUCAAAUCACGUCCCGAACCACCCCUUUCAAGGUGUUACAACAUUUUUGGGACACUCUGUAUAGUCGAUAAAAUGAUACGUAUACUUUUACUUUAAAAUAAAAAUAAAAAAUAAAACAACAUAUAUAUUUACGUAAAUACAAUUAAAAUAAAGAACAUUCUGUCCACCUAUCUUUCUUACACCGUGAAUCGUAUAAAAUAUAAAUAUCGUUUAUAAAGUGUUGCGAAGUGAGCUAUUGUUUUAGAGGUUCUCACGUAUCAGUUGAGCUCUUCUUGGAGUUCAGAACCAUUCAGAACCCCUGGUAUGUCGUAAACAACGAAGGUGGCUUAUGGUUGACUGUUCUAUUCUGUUCUGUUAGUUUCGUUAAAAUGAUCUACGUUACUUUUUAAAUCCACAAUCCCCAAUUUUGCUCAAUGAAGAAGUAAACUGAUUUUAAAAUAAUGGCUCAAGCGAAGCUUAAUUCGCAAGACAAAGCAGAUAGCACACUUAAAGACAAAGAAAAGGAGUCUGACGAAAAGGAAGGGUCAACAACUGUACCAGAAUGUGCAGUCUGUCUUCAACCAUGUAUAUACCCUGCAAAAUUACCUUGCAAUCAUGUAUAUUGUUACCUAUGUGUCAAAGGUGUUGCGAAUCAAAGCAAAAGAUGUCCUAUGUGUCGUCAAGAAAUUCCACCUGAUUUUCUUGACAGACCACAGUUGGUAGAUGUAGAUGAAGCACAAAAGGAAUCAGAACAUUCUGAGGAGGAAUACCAGUGGUUUUAUGAAGGUAGAAAUGGUUGGUGGCAAUAUGAUCAACGCACAAGCCAUGAAUUAGAAACAGCAUAUAAACAAGGCAAACGGAAUUGUGAAUUAUUAAUCGCAGGAUUUCUUUAUAUUGCUGAUUUUGGUUCCAUGCUUCAGUUACGUAGAAACGAUCCUUCUAGACGCAGAAGAAUUAAACGUGACUUAUACAAUGUUCCCAAAAAAGGAGUUGCAGGUUUAAGAUUAAAUAAUCAAGAUGAAGAAAUCAUCAGAGAAAUAAGGGGAGCGGAAAGACCAGCUAGUCCUGCAAGUGACAAUAUGGGUACAGGUGAUGGAACAAAUACCCCAGUACCACCAAGUAAUACUCCACAAACCCCAGCAGGUGGCACAGCAAGUGGCGAUGCUACUCCUCUAAAUGAUAGACUGGAACAAAGAUCAGAGUCUUUACAUCAGGUAUUAGAACAAAUGCGUUCUUUAGUGCUCAGGGAACAUUUAUCUUUGAGUACAGAUAACGAAUUAGAAGAAACUGCGGAAAGUGAAUCACUUUCCACUCAUCCUACAUUAUGAGUACAAACAUUUAACAAUUCCUAUUCAUUAGAAGUUCGUUUUUGAAAACUUUAAUAUUAUUAAAGUUAAUGUGGCAUCUUAUUAAAUGAAAAAUAUAAAAUUCGUGUACAUGUUUAAGGAUAUAAAACACUCAUAUAUGUGAUGUACUAACAUGUAAUCGGUACAUCGCCAUGUGGUGUUUAUUAAAAACAAAUCAAUUAAAUACAAUUAAGUCUUUCAUAUUUAAACGAAUAAAUAUUUUGAGCGUUCACGUGCAUAUUGUGAAUUAUCAAGCUUUAGAAAUGUUCAAUUAGUAUCUAAUAGUUUCAUAUAUUGUCAUCUUACGAAAUGUUCUACCAAGGGGAAAUUUGUAUCGUUCCAUACAGUUGUUAUACUGUAGUAGUGAUAAUUCUUAAUUCUGAUGUAAUUUUUUCAACUAUUAGAAAUGAUAUAACUUGUAAUUGUAAGUGGCUGAGGAUAAUUAAGAGUUUCAUGAACAAAUGAUAAUACCUUUUAUUUAUAAAUGAAGUAUAAUACAUUGGGAACUUUAACAAUACUUCUAUUCUUAUAUAUAUAACAGAUGUACUGUCAUUUUUCUUGUAUUUGUUAUAAUCAAUGGGAUCUAAAUUGAUGCAGAGAGCAAAGUAUCGUGCUCGGAUGUUCACCUGUCGAUUUAUUAACAGUAUUAUUGAAGGUCAUCUUCGUGUUUCUUUCUGAUUUAUCAAUUUUAUCAUAAUAAUAAUAAUAAUUGCAUUGAUAUUGCCAAUAAUUUAAUUGAACAUUAUUUUUGUUUAAGUAGUUUUCAAGCAUUUGAUGUAAAAUUGUUACCAUGAUUGAAAAUAAUACAUAAAGUAAAGGAUGACUAAGUUUAAGGAAUUCUCUACACCUAUUAUUGUAAAAGAUAUAUUGUCUUUAAGUGUGUUAUGUAAAAAAUUGUUAGCCUUUCUUACUAAAAACGGAAACAGAGUAUAGCUCAAGUACUUUAUUUAUGUUGAAUUUUAGUUCUUGGGGUACAUAAGAUAAGCUAAAUCAUGUAUUUUAUUAUGGCUCAUAUAGUUGGCACAUCUCGAAAUAUUUAUAUUUAACAUUUGUUUUUGAAAGUAAAAAUUUAGAAACUGGAAAGAUUUAUAGUUAAAAAGAUCUUAAAUUUUGAUUAUUGUUUGUAAAAAAUAUUUUUCUAUCAAUUGUUUAACAUUUUUUAUUAUCAAUAUUUAUUAAAUCAAUACCUACUUAAUAUUAGUUACAUAUUUAAUGUAUUGUGGUUUCUCUCAUAUUAGUUAUAAUCAAUACCAACAUAAUUAAUUUUUAAUAUAAUAUCAUAAAUACAAUAUACGUACUAUUUAGGAAUGAAAGAUUCUAAACAUCUCUAAUAAGAAAUUGCCAAAAAACUUCUUCAAGAUUUUCAUCAAAACCCUUUGAAUAUUGUUAUGAACAAAUAAAUAUAUCAUAGAUAAAUAGAAUUCAUUUUAUCUCAUAAAAUCGCUUGGAAUAUGACUAACACUACCUACAAAAGAUAUUUUGCUAGCUUUGAACAAUGUUUUAAAUCUUGAAAGAGUUUAAUUUUUGACAAAGUAUAUAAUGUGAAGAAACAUAGCAGGUACUUUCUUUUGUCAUCGUGAAAUACUGUAAUGGUUGUUAAAAAUUAAAAGUAUAUGCUUUUAUUAAAUAAUUGUGAUUUACUUCCAGUUGUAUAUACAAAAAUUUUGUAUUAAAUUGAUAUUUAAAGC